ACAAAAUGGAGGGAGAUGUUGAGGCCACGCAUGCGGACGCAACGGGAGGAGCUCUUGCGGAGAGGAGGAGAGGAGAUCGUAAACGUCGACGUCGCAUUUGGAUUCCUUGUUCCGAAUCUGGGGCUAGGGUUAGGGUUAGGGUUACGGUUAGGGUGUUCGACGUGUGGAGGUGGACGGGCUCUUGCGGCUUCGACGAGCGUCUCGUGAGUUCUGUUCCCUUAUCUAUUGUUGCAUUUGGGGUCGAAUUUGGGCGAGGGGGGGAGAAGAGCUCGAGUUUUGUGGGAGGAGGAGUGGAGGAGAUAAGGGAAAGGUAGAGAAAUGGUGUGCAAACUUUCUCAGCAAAUUUUAGUUCAAUUUUCAUCAUAAUAGAUUCAUCUUGCAUCAAAAGUUGUAAUUGAAUUCGUGAUAUCUGAAACGAGUGCAGCUAGAACAAACAUCAGAAAAAAUAUGGUGACUAGAACAGUGGAUCUUCGGUCGGACACGGUCACGAAGCCCACCGAGGCGAUGCGAGCCGCCAUGGCGGCAGCUGACGUAGAUGAUGAUGUGUUAGGCUCGGACCCGACCGCUCACCGCUUCGAAACAGAGAUGGCGAGGAUUAUGGGGAAGGAGGCCGCGCUCUUUGUGCCGUCGGGAACAAUGGGCAAUCUGAUCUCGGUGCUGGUUCAUUGCGAGGUUAGAGGCAGCGAGGUCAUCCUCGGUGGCGAUUCCCACAUACAUGUCUAUGAGAAUGGAGGCAUCUCAACGAUUGGCGGUGUGCACCCAAAGACUCUAAAGAAUAACCCGGACGGCACCAUGGAUAUCGAUGAGAUAGUUGAGGCUAUUAGGCAUCCUGAAGGGGAACUCUACUAUCCGACCACUAGGUUGAUUUGCUUGGAGAAUACACAUGCUAAUUGUGGUGGAAGAUGCAUCUCUGUGGAAUACACAGACAAGGUGGGAGAAGUAGCAAAAAAGCAUGGUCUGAAGCUUCACAUUGAUGGUGCACGCAUUUUUAAUGCUGCAGUUGCACUGGGAGUCCCUGUUCAUAGGCUUGUACAAGCAGCUGACUCAGUUUCAGUAUGCAUGUCAAAAGGGUUGGGUGCUCCUGUUGGAUCUGUUAUUGUAGGUUCAAAAUUGUUUAUAACCAAGGCUAGAAGGCUUAGAAAGACCUUAGGUGGUGGGAUGAGACAGGUUGGAGUUCUUUGUGCAGCAGCUUAUGUUGCCCUACGAGAUAACUUGGGAAAACUUGCGGAUGAUCACAGAAGGGCUAAGAUAUUUGCUGAUGGAAUCAAACAAAUCAAGCAUCUAAGUGUUGAUGCAGCUACCGUGGAGACCAAUAUGAUAUUUUUUAGUAUCACAGGGAGUACUUGUCUAUCUCCUGCAAAUCUCUGUCAAGUUUUGGAAGAGCAUGGCGUAUUAGCAAUGCCAGUAAGUUCGACGAGUGUUAGGCUUGUUCUCCACCACCAAAUUUCGGACAACGAUGUGCAGUAUGCUUUGACAUGUAUAAAGCAAGCUGUUCAAAAAUUAUUGACCGAUGGCGCUGCAAAAUGAUGCUACCCUGCAAGUUACUGUUAUCUUAUCUGCCAUUGUCUGUAAAUUUAAUAAAAAUGCGCAAAACUGCCAUUCACUAUUUCGAGAUCUUCUUUUCCGCAAAUUAAUCAUUUCUUCUGUCGGUCAUGCGCGCUAACACCGCCAAAUUGCUCAAGAAAUGUAGAUUGAUUUAAUGUUUGUAGACUUGUUUUUAAAGGACAAGAUAUUGCGACUCAUCUAUUGCAUCAAAUUACAAGAGUAUAGUUGGAAAAAAAGUUAAAGAGGAAUGAAAUGAGUUUAUUAUGUA